UGCGUCAAAGCCUACACGAUGUGUUGCGUUGGUUGGCUUUUGAACGAGGAGGAUAUGGCUGAAACGAAGACGGAGAGGGAGGCCGAGUCGCACAUGAAGAGCAGAGGCCUGUCGAGGUGCCCCAGGAUUAUGGUGGAGAAGAGCCUCAGGGCCGCGGAAGCCGUCGAGCAAGCUCGGGACGACGACAACGGAGUCGUCCGCGUCAAGAUCGUCGUCACCAAGAGGCAGCUGAGGCAGAUGGUGGCGUCGAUGGGCCAAGGCCCGUGCAACGCCGCCGGUCCCCAGGCCGCAACGGCGGCGGUGGCGUCGGCGUCGAACCUGGAGCUGCUGCUGCACGUCCUCCGUCGACGGCAUAUGAAGCGAGCCGAGACGGGGAAGGGGAAGGGGAAGCGGCACGGCGGCGGGCGGUGGCGGCCGGCGCUCAAGAGCAUUCCUGAGGACAUCAUUCAAGACUAAUCGAAAGCCCUUCCUCGUCUUGUUCGUGAGCUUGAUCUAUACAUGUAUAGCUGUUUGAUUUCUGCUGCUUUCUUUAGCUUUACGGACCAGCGGCGGCCAUUCUGACCAUUGCUGUUGCGCGUUUACUUCAUGUAAAAGAAUAUUUUACUAAUACAUCAUAAAGAAAGAAAGAAAGAAAGAAAGAAAGAAAGAAAGAACAUAAAAAGGAUCAUUGGAUCGGGAGGAACAUAAUGAGUGAGUACAUAAGACACACAAGAAAUAUCGCGGAUGGAUGUCUGAUAGAGUUGAUCGUCGACAGGAAGGGGACAGCUUGCAGACGGAGGUGAGAUGCGAGAGAGUGCCGAAUGGGGGAGAAAUUCUUGGGCGGAUCCAUCACAUCGAUUAUCGGAUCAUUUCAAUCAAAAUAUAGAAAGUCAACCAUCUCUGAUCUUUUCUUUUGAAUUUUU